ACCUCGCUCGCAUGCCGCGCAUUGAUGGCACGCCACAAAUGGGCACUAAGUGGAACACCUAUCCUCAACAGUCUCGACGAACUCUACUCUUAUUUCAAGUUUCUGGGAGUUCCGUAUACUGGCUCUUUCAAACUUUUUAAACGCAACUACGCAGACCCCAAGGAGCCCGAGAGCAUCGAGCGCCUCCUGAUCCGACUGUCGCAGUUUAUGAUUCGCCGGGACCACUCGAAUAUCAUGAUGAACGCUCCUAUCUUGAAGCUCCCCCGGGCUUCUCAGAUGACGCAUUGGUGCGAAUUCAACUCAGUUGAACGCGGCAUCUACGAAAUUGUUCGCCAGCGUUUCGCAAAGCGAAUCAACUUGGCAUCGCGGGAAAACGAGUUGGAGAAGUCAUACAACAACGCCUUGGUCAUGUUGUUACGCCUGCGACAACUUACUGCCCAUAUCCUGAUGCUUCAAUCAGUCGUACAAGAUUUGUUGGAGCAGGAAGACAUUGAGAAGAUCCGUGAAAUUGUUCAAAUGGAAGCAACCAGUCAGGGAACCCGGAAGGCCCGGACUAUUCUCGCCAUCCGCAAACAAUUGGACCACCUCGAGGCGGAAGCAAAGAAGCAGUCUGCAAACAAGGCAACGAAUCGGUCGAAGAAGUCACAUCGGCUGACGGGACGUAAUGAUGACGAUGACUCGGGUGAACGUGAUAUCGAAGAACUGCUGGAUGACAGUCAGGAGAUUGUAGACGACAACCAAGCAGCCGCUGGACGUCCAGCCUCGAGUGGCAGAAGCUUCGGCAAGAACUUCGAUUUCCGACCCUAUUUGAAUAGUUUGACGACUGGCGAGAAUUGGGAUAAGGUCAAGAAGAAGGCCGUGUGUGCCGAUUGCGCUGGUCGGCUACGUGGUGCGUGGCUGACGAGUUGCGGACACAUGCUGUGUACCGACUGCUAUGAUGCCGCGCAACUUGAAGCAGCAGAAGAGGAUCAUGAGAAGGCCAAAUGCAAAGGCUGCGGUAGCAUUUUCACGCAUGCCAACGAAAUACAGGAGAAUGGGGAUGAAUUUGUGAGCGCCGGGCCAGCGACACGAGCAAAGAGACAGCAACACUCGAAGGAGGUGCUGCGCAUCGAACAGCAGGACAUUGCGGAGGAUUGGCUGACGUGGGGUGGCGAAGGGGUUCUGCCGUCAGCGAAGACAAUUGCAUUGAAGGCCCAGCUGCUGAACUGGUUCAACGAGAACCCGAACGUCAAGGUCAUCAUCUACACGCAGUUCCUGGCCAUGAUUCGAAUCAUCAGGAAGAUGUGCACAGAAGAGCAUUGGGGUACAGAAGAGUACCAUGGGAAGAUGAGUCACGAGGCGCGCGAUAAAGCGAUCCAACACUUUGCCAACGACGCGGGCGUACAGGUCCUGUUGGCCUCUCUUCGUUGCGGCGGCUUGGGCCUGAACCUCACCAUGGCGUCGCGGGUGGUGAUUCUGGAUCCUUGGUGGAACUCUGCAUCGGAGCAGCAAGCCUUCUGUCGUGUGUUCCGAUUCGGCCAGACGGAGACGACGUGCCUCACACGUUUCUGCGUCAAGAACACGGUCGACGAGCGACUGAUCCAGAUGCAAGAGCGAAAGGAGAAGGAGAUCGACUCGGUCAUGAAAGAUGAUGCGGGCGCGAAGGCACGCAAGAUGGGCAUCCGCGACCUCAUGCGCUUGUUUGGCAGUGUCGGCGACGACGAAGAGGGCCGGCCGUUUAUCCUGGCGGACAACGGGGACGCGCGCGGUGGUUUCGUCGCUGAUGACGAUCACGAAGGGUAUGCGGACGAGCUUUGAUUGCGGCAGAAUUGAGGCGUAUAUUGGGGGCGGGUGUGGCCCCAGGGUGGACUAUUGCGAGUUGGAGGCGACAUGAUUUCUCACAAUUUGGGCGAAAGGUAGGCAACAGGCCUCGAGUGCACUCUGGGUGGGAGUCGCGAGGGCAGGCUGAUUACUCGGAGGCCUCUGAUUGGGCGGCGUAGGCUUGCUUUUUGCUGCGAGGUAGGGCGACGAUACGUGGGCUCGUCUCGGGUUGCGGCUCGCCCGGGAAGGGCUCAGGGCGUCUUGCGAGC